AUGCCUUCUCUAACCUCCCUCUUAUCGCAAUAUAAGGGCCACAAGGAAGAAUACAGUUCUCUGCAAACGCUCCUAACGGAUCUCCCCAGUGAGCUCACCUACGAAGCCAUGGUCCCCGUCGGCCCCCUGGCAUUCUUCCCCGGGCAGCUGAUCCACACAAACGAGAUCCUCGUAUUACUCGGCGACAACUGGUUCGUCGACCGCUCGGCCUCGCAAGCCGCGGCCAUGGCAAGGCGCCGCGAGGAAUACGCGGAUGCGCAGAUUAGCCUGAUUAAGAAGCGCAUCAAGGUGAUGAAAGGUGAGAAGGCCGAGGACCUAGGAGGCUUGCCGUUUGGGAAGGAGCUGGAGGGGAAUCUGUAUAAUGAGCAGGGUGAGAGGUUUGUGGAGAUUAAGGAGGAGUUAGAAGAAGGCGUGGAGGUGCCGUUUAGCCAGGGCGAUGAGCUGGAGGAGGCUGAACUGGUAGUGAGUGCGGGGGUUGCCGCGGACCUGGAGGCUAAGCGGCUGCGGGCUAUUGAGGAAGCCGGCGCUGUUGCCGAUAUUGAUCGUCAGAAUCUGGGUCUCGAAGAGCAGAGGAUUUUGGAUAUCCUGGACCAAUUCAACUCCGAUGACGACUUAGAGGAUGACGACGAUGAAGAUACAGAAGAGGACGAGGACGAGGACGAGGACGAGGGUGACGAGUUUUCCGAAGAGGACCGCGCCAACGCAGCCCAGGACGACGACGAGGAUGACUUUAACGACUAUACGCGCAACGGAUCCAAUAGCGACGACGAUCAGCCCUCGGAACUUAAAUCCAAAGUCAUCGAGCGCUUCGUCGAGGCCCCGCCGCGCAACUCCCCCAAGGGUAUUCUCAAGGCCCCUGUAUCCCUGUUCAAGAGCAAACGCGCCGAAGAUACUGCUGCCAGGGAGUCCUCCGCACGCUCGGUGUCGUUCAACCCAGAGGCCGUCGCAUACAGCCUGCCGCAGGGGGACAGCAGUCCUGUGGACCCUGUGGCUGGGUUGUUGGCUGAAAUGGCAGUGUCCGAGGAUAAGAAAAAGCAAUCCAACCUACUGUUCAAGCCCAACACUGGCCUGUCAGGCGUCCGGUUCCCCGGCAGCAGCAGCAUUAGGAGCGAUAACAAGGCGCCGGGCACGCCAAAUGUGCCCAAGAAACAGCAGCAGAACCAGCCGAUGAAAACCGCUGUGGUUGAGCGCGAGACCACUGCUGAGCCCACCACAGAGACUGUCGACGAGGAGAUGCACGCCAAGGAGAUUGCCCAGGCAUAUAGCCGGAUGCGUUUUGCCAAGAUGUCUGGCGGCAAACUCGAGGGCGCCGCGGAAGUUGCAGAGCAGGUUUUGGCCACCAUGGCUGGUGUCACUCUGGUCGACAAGAGGGGGGAGGACGGGGAGAUGGAUAAGCAAGAAUUUGAGCGAAUCGAGAUUCCUAGCGACCCGUCUCCAUAUGCCAUGAUGAACAGGAAUCAGAGCCCGCCCGAAGUUGCUUGCGCUCCCAAGCCUGUGCGCACACCAGUGGUUGAAUCCGUCAAGGAGUCUGUCAAGGAGUCUGUCGCCCCUACUGCUGCCGCUGCUGCGCCUGGAUUGCAACAAGCAAAGCCAAAAAUGUCCCGCUUCAAGGCACAGCGCCUGGGUUUAGAAAACUAA